AUGACCCAGCUAUCUGAUUCUCCUAUCGCGCCAAGGCAAAGUGAAAAAGCCAAGAUUGUCAAGGAUGUCUCUCAACUUGUACUGUCGAGACGGACUCGCAUGUGCAACUUUUUGGAAUACAAAGACCAAAAGGUAGUCUACCGUCGUUAUGCCUCCCUCUUCUUUAUUGCCGGCUGCUCGGCCACCGACAACGAGCUGAUCAGCCUUGAAAUCGUACACCGCUACGUCGAGCAAAUGGAUAAAUAUUACGGCAACGUUUGCGAAUUGGACAUUAUAUUCAACUUUCAAAAGGCAUACUUUAUCUUGGAUGAGCUGUUACUCGCUGGAGAGAUGCAAGAAAGUAGCAAGAAGAAUGUCCUGAGGUGUAUUAGCCAGCAAGACAGUCUGGAAGACAUAGAGGUGAGUGGGUGA